CGGGCGGGCGGGCGGGCGAGCGGGCGGGGAGCCAUGGCGCCGUCCGGGCCGCUGCUGCUGCUGCUGCUGGUCCCGCUGGCCGGCGCGCGGGCCGGCCCCUACUUCCGCCCGGGCCAGGGCUGCCGCCUGCCCCUGCGCGGGGACCAGCUGUCGGGGCUGGGGCGCAGGACCUACCCCAGGCCUCACGAGUACCUGUCCCCGGCGGACCUGCCCAGGAGCUGGGACUGGCGCAACGUGAACGGGGUCAACUACGCCAGCGCCACCAGGAACCAGCACAUCCCCCAGUACUGUGGCUCCUGCUGGGCCCACGGCAGCACCAGUGCCAUGGCGGACAGGAUCAACAUCAAGAGGAAGGGGGCGUGGCCCUCCACCCUGCUGUCCGUGCAGCACGUCCUCGACUGCGCCAACGCGGGCUCCUGCGAGGGGGGCAACGACCUGCCGGUGUGGCGGUACGCCCACGAGCAUGGCAUCCCGGACGAGACCUGCAACAACUACCAGGCUAAGGACCAGGAGUGCGACAAGUUCAACGAGUGCGGAACGUGCACGGAAUUCAAGGAGUGCCACGCCAUCCAGAACUACACCCUCUGGAGAGUGGGCGACUACGGCUCCCUCUCCGGCAGGGAGAAGAUGAUGGCGGAGAUCUACGCCAACGGCCCCAUCAGCUGCGGAAUCAUGGCGACGGAGAAGAUGGGGAACUACAUGGGCGGCGUCUACGCCGAGUACCAUGACCAGGCCUACAUAAACCACGUCGUUUCUGUGGCCGGCUGGGGCGUCCACGGUGGCACGGAGUACUGGAUUGUCCGGAAUUCGUGGGGGGAGCCGUGGGGUGAGCACGGCUGGAUGAGGAUAGUGACCAGCACCUAUAAAGAUGGGAAGGGUGCCAGUUACAACCUCGCUGUGGAGGAGUACUGUACGUUUGGGGACCCCAUCGUUUAAGGUGCAUGUCUCCAGAAGAGCAUUGUUACCGUGAACCACAGUCGGGGGGUCCGAUCGCUACGGGCACUGGGUUGGUUCCACCACGGUCUGAAGGGACUAGGGGCUGGCAUUCGACACGAUCUGACGGCUGGUCAUGGCACUGAGCGCCUAGAAGGGGCACCUGUUGACCUGCCGAGUGCUUUGGCGCUGGCCGCAAGCGCACUCCGGGGGAACGAGUGAAAUGCGAAGGCUGGGACCCCCGUGCCGGCAGGCCCCUACCACCAUGACGGCAGCAGACAGUCUGCCCGGCCAAGGUGUGACCCGCAAGGCCGUAAUGACGUGACCUCCAGUCUCUUCAAUCCAUGAUUUGGUGUUUUCUGUUUGUCAGCUGUGGUCUAUAAUAUGGUAAAGAAGGGCAGACUUAUCACCAGUUCUUAUGUCACCCUGGAAGCAGUGGUGGGGGUGGAGGGAGAAGACAGCCAUUGGAGAUUGCCCAAGUGAUGAAUAAAAUACAUGACUCCCCGCAGGAGUAGAGCCUGAGCGUGCCUUAUUUACACACGAGAAUGAUAACACCAGGAUCUCCACCUGCCAAUCCAGCAGAAAGGCUUUUUAAUUUAUUCUUGGAAAAUUCAAACAAUGACAAUAAAAGAUCAACUAACCAGGUUCUUGUAAGAAAAGUCACCUUGGAAGGUGGUUCAUCUACAGGUCUCCGGUUCUGAGCUCCCCGCCACCAUGGGAGGGACCCAGCUCCUGUGCUGGGGGAAAGGAACGUGGUCAGCAGGGUGCAAGGCAGCCCGGACUCUGAGGAAAGGGGCCAUCUGCGCUAGCGGCCAUACAAACAGUCUCCCACCUCCCCGCACCAGAGCCCAGUCCCGGGAUGCUGACUGGGCCUCUUCAGCAAGAGCUUCUGGAAGGGCUUUCCCCCUGCUGGGCUCCCGGAACAUUCUGGGUCAGCUCUGGAGGAUGCUCUAAAUUAGUUCACCAGGAUGAAGUUGGACUUGCAGUGAGCU